AAAAAUUAUGGAUUUCUUAUACGAAUCGGUGGCACUGGGCGUUGAUUUGAUUAUCCUAGGACUGUGCGUGCGUGAGUAUGUACAUCUGAAGCAAACAUCGAGGGUCCUGAAAUCGGCGCCCCAAUACCCCAUCGAUAGCAACCUGAGGGGGAUUGUAGAGCAGCAGCCGAACCGAAAAAUCCCCUACGCCGUGAUUCGGGGCACGGUGACGCCGAUUGGCACUCCCCUGCGUAGCGUGCUCGUGCCGAGCGUGAGUGGCGUGUUACAGAUCGUCAAACUGAAUGAACAUCGUUCGACACGUGGCUUCGCGGGCUUCUGGACCGAGCACCAUAAACUCAUCCACGAGUCCGCCAAUGCGAUGCCCUUCGAGUUGCGCAAUCAGGACUUUGCCGUUGAAAUUGUCGAUGCGCUGAGCGCUGCCAUCCUGGAUACAGACAUCGUAUAUGACAACUAUGAGCCCUCCUCGUUGUCCUUCUUCGACAAUGUGUUUGGGUUCUUUACCGGCGUGCGACAGAAGGGUCUCCAAACCACCGAACAGGUGCUGCGUAACGGCAGUUUCGUAACCGCCAUCGGGGAAUUGGAGAUCGAUGGCGAGGGUCUACGCAUGCAGCCCUCAGAGGCCGGACCGCUAUUUCUGACCACCGCUACCAAGUCGACGAUUCUGAAGCGGUUCGAGGAUGCCAAGAACUCCUCCGUCUUCAAGAUAAUGCUCUGCACCACCAUAUCUGGCAUCUUGGUGGGUCUGAUUUUGCGAAAAAUCUACCGCAAGAAGCGACAGGAGCGGGAAGAGGCAAAAAUUCGCAUUCGGCUCGAUACGGAGCGCAGGGAGAGACGUGCUCUGAACCGCUCGAACGUUAUCUCGUCCGAUCAGCUAUGUGUCGUUUGUUCGACAAACCCCAAAGAGAUCAUUCUACUGCCCUGUGGUCAUGUCUGUCUCUGCGAGGACUGCGCUCUAAAGAUCGACGUAUCCUGCCCGGUUUGCCGGACCAAAAUCGAAUCCAAAGCAGCAGCGUUCAUAGCUUAGAUGACGAUCGUUAUUUUAGUUCCGUUUUCUUUUUUUUAAAUCCAUAUAUGUACGAGUAUUUAUUUUGAAUAUUAAAUCUUUAGUUGGCAAGCCAAAA